UUUAGUUUCACUUUCUGCAGACUUGUGGCGCAAUUAGUUUUCACCGUCUGAACCUCCAGCUGAAGGUGAAAGUGGAUGUGAGUUGAGCAGCAUGAGUCAGUGUGAGGACAGAGAGGAGGGAGUCCCUCCCUCUAAAAGCACUCUGUGUGGGGAACAUGACAGCCAGACCAAAGCUCAGAGCCCAGAGCAGCAGCAGGGACCAGACUCUGCUGGACCUGGACCUGGACCUGGACCUGAGCCCAGCUGUGUGUCCUUCAAGAGUGACCAGUCAAUGGGUCGACUUAAUGAAUUUAAGCGAGGACGUGAAUCUGACAGACAAGUCCACCAGCAGAGCUCAGAGGUUCCCAGAGGUCAGUCUGCCCAGCAGCAUCAAACACACCUGGACUCCAUAUUUAUGCUUCUGGAGGAGAACAUUGUCACUUUUGUCAAGAAUGAAAUAAAGAAGAUCCAGAAUGUCCUGAGUUUAGAUUACCCAGAAUGCUUAGAGAGUCAGAGGGAGGAUGAAGAGGUGUUGGAGGGUGAGGAUGAAGAGCAGAGGAGGAACAGUAGAGAAGCAUUUCUGAAGAUCACACUGCACUUCCUGAGGAGAAUGAAGCAGGAUGAGCUGGCUGAGCGUCUGCAGAGCAACACGUUUGCUCCAGUUUGUUUCCAGCAUAAACUAAAAUCCAACCUGAAGAAGAAGUUCCAGUGUGUGUUUGAGGGCAUUGCUAAAGCAGGAAACCAGACUCCUCUGAACCAGAUCUACACAGAGCUCUACAUCACAGAGGGAGGGACUGCAGAGGUCAAUGAUGAACAUGAGGUCAGACAGAUUGAAACAGCAUCCAGGAAACCAGCCAGACCAGAAACAACCAUCAGACAAGAAGACAUCUUUAAAGCCUCACCUGGAAGAGAUGAACCAAUCAGAACAGUGAUGACAAAGGGAGUGGCUGGCAUUGGGAAAACAGUCUUAACACAGAAGUUCACUCUGGACUGGGCUGAAGACAAAGCCAACCAGGACAUACAUUUCACAUUUCCAUUCACUUUCAGAGAGCUGAAUGUGCUGAAAGAGAAAAAGUACAGCUUGGUGGAACUUGUUCAUCACUUCUUUGUUGACAUCAAGGUAGCAAGAAUCUGCAGGUUUGAAGAGUUCCAGAUUGUGUUCAUCUUUGACGGUCUGGAUGAGUGUCGACUUCCUCUGGACUUCCACAACAAUGAGGUCCUGACUGAUGUUACAGAGUCCACCUCAGUGGAUGUGCUGCUGACAAACCUCAUCAGGGGGAACCUGCUUCCCUCUGCUCGCCUCUGGAUAACCACACGACCUGCAGCAGCCAAUCAGAUCCCUCCUGAGUGUGUUGACAUGAUGACAGAGAUCAGAGGGUUCACUGACCUACAGAAGGAGGAGUACUUCAGGAAGAGGUUCAGAGAUGAGGAGCAGGCCAGCAGAAUCAUCUCCCACAUCAAGACAUCACGAAGCCUCCACAUCAUGUGCCACAUCCCAGUCUUCUGCUGGAUCACUGCUACAGUUCUGGAGGAGGUGUUGAAGACCAGAGAGGGAGGAGAGCUGCCCAAGACCCUGACUGAGAUGUACAUCCACUUCCUGGUGGUUCAGACAAAAGUGAAGAACGUCAAGUAUGAUGGAGGCUCUGAGACAGAUCCACACUGGAGUCCAGAGAGCAGGAAGAUGAUUGAGUCUCUGGGAAAACUGGCUUUUGAGCAACUGCAGAAAGGAAACCUGAUCUUCUAUGAAUCAGACCUGACAGAGUGUGGCAUCGAUAUCAGAGCAGCCUCAGUGUACUCAGGAGUGUUCACACAGAUCUUUAAAGAGGAGAGAGGGCUGUACCAGGACAAGGUGUUCUGCUUCGUCCAUCUGAGCGUUCAGGAGUUUCUGGCUGCUCUUCAUGUCCAUCUGACCUUCAUCAACUCUGGUGUCAACCUGCUGGCAGAAGAACAAUCAACCUCCCAGAAGUCUGAAACAAGGAAAGAUGAAUCUGCUGUGACACAGUUCUACCAGAGUGCUGUGGACAAGGCCUUACAGAGUCCAAAUGGACACCUGGACUUGUUCCUCCGCUUCCUCCUGGGACUUUCCCUGCAGACCAAUCAGACUCUCCUACAAGGUCUGCUGACACAGACAGGGAGUAGCUCAAAAAACAAUCAGGAAACAGUCGAGUACAUCAAGAAGAAAAUCGAAGAGACUCCCUCUGCAGAGAAAAGCAUCAAUCUGUUCCACUGUCUGAAUGAACUGAAGGAUCGUUCUCUAGUGGAGCAGAUCCAACAGUCCCUGAGUUCAGGAAGUCUCUCCACAGAUGAACUCUCUCCUGCUCAGUGGUCAGCUCUGGUCUUCAUCUUACUGUCAUCAGAAAAAGAUCUGGACGUGUUUGACCUGAAGAAAUACUCUGCUUCGGAGAAGACUUUUCUGAGACUGCUGCCAGUGGUCAAAGCCUCCAAGAAAGCUCUACUGAGUUGCUGUAACCUCUCAGAGAGAAGCUGUGAAGCUCUGUCCUCAGUUCUCAGCCUGGAGUCCUGUAGUCUGAGAGAGCUGGACUUGAGUAAUAAUAACCUGCAUGAUUCAGGAUUGAAGCUGCUGUCAGCUGGACUGGAGAGUCCGCACUGUACGCUGAAAAUGCUCAGGCUGUCAGGCUGUCUGAUCACAGAGCGAGGCUGUGCUUCUUUGGCCUCAGCUCUGAGAUCCAACCCCUCCCACCUGAGAGAGCUGGACCUGAGCUACAAUCAUCCAGAGGAAUCAGGGGUGAAGCAGCUGUCUGUUGGACUGGAGGAUCCACAAUGGAAACUGGAUAUUCUCAGGAUGGAGCCUCGCGGAGUCCGAUGGCUGAGACCAGGUCUGAGGAAGUAUUCCUGUCAACUCACAAUCGACACAAACACAGUAAACAGAGAGAUCAAACUGUCUGACAACAACAGGAAGGUGACAUGUGUGAAGGAGGAUCAGCCAUAUCCUGAUCAUCCAGACAGGUUUGACUGCUAUAGGCAGCUGCUGUGUAGAGAUGGUCUCACUGGUCGCUGUUACUGGGAGGUUGAAAGGAGAGGAACUGUUGAAAUAUCAGUGAGCUACAAAGGAAUCAGCAGGAGAGGAAACAGAGAAGAUUGUGUGUUUGGAAUGAAUGAUCAGUCCUGGAGUCUGAGGUGUUCUGAUGAUGGUGGUUACUGUGUCUGGCACAAUAACAGAGCCUCAUCCAUCUCCUCCUCCUCCUCCUCCUCUUCCUCCUCCUCCUCCUCCUCUUCCUCCUCCUCUGGUAAGGUAGCAGUGUAUUUGGACUGUCCUGCUGGCACUGUGUCCUAUUUCAGAGUCUUCUCUGACACACUGAUCCACCUCCACACCUUCAACACCACAUUUACUGAACCUCUUUAUCCUGGCUUUGGGUUCAGGUUCUGGUCCAGUUCUGGUCCCUCUUCAGUGUCUCUCUGUUCUCUGGAGGAGGGGGAGUCUCCUUCUGUUAGAGAACAGAUCAGUUGAGUCUUUACAGGAUCACAGUUGCAGAAAUGUUUCAAGUUAUUGUAAUAAAUUCAAUGAACUUUGGAUGAUGGAAAUUCUGUCAUGGUUAAAACUGUUUUUGGUUUUUUUUUUAAAGAAAUGUUUCAACAAACUCAGGAGGACUUUGUAAGAAAAAGGGAAAUAUCUUCAAACAUGUCUGAACAGAAAAAUAAAUAGCUAAUAAUUAAUGAAAGAUAAUGACGGUGUGAAAUAAAAUAAUAGUGUUUGAUGUUGAUUAAGGAUUCACAACAAUUAAUAUAAGUUUAUGUUCACAUCAAUGUCUUAUUCGGCAUAAAAAGUAAAUGUUACCUUUAGGUGUGUUAUUUUUCUCAUCUGAAUCUGCAGAAGCAGCAGUAAGGCUGUCAUUCUUGGACAUACAAUUCAUAUAUUACUUAAAUUAACGAUCAAUUACUUUUUGUGUCCCCUGGUUAUCUUCAACCAAGUUGCCCUUGAUUUUGACCUUACUUGGAUUACUAUGACCUGGAUGACUGCAAAUCUUCACACACACCACCUGGUUAUUUUUUUCAGUAAAUAUUGUGUUUAUUUUCAGUCUGUCACCGGAUUAUUUUUUAAAGUGUACCCCUUGGUUUUUCCUAAUAAUAAUAAUAAAAAUUAUAUCUUAUAUUUUUAUCACGCCUUUCAAGGCACCCAAGGAUGCUUUACACAUAACUACAGAGACACAAUCAACAACAGACAACAAAAGGAGGUCAUUCUAGAUUAUAAGAGGUGGGUUUUUUACAUUAACAUUCUCACUGCUGAACAGAUGAGUUGAGUCUGUACAGGAUCACAGUUACAGAAAUCUUUCAGGUUAUUGUAAUAAAUUCAUCAAAGUGAUUCAAAGUGAUUGAACAGAUUCCUCAUUUCCAUUGUAAACGUCUUCCAUUUCCAGUCCUUUAAAGAAGGAAGCUCUGAUAACUAAAUGGUGGAAAUGCCGUUGACUUGUACCUUCAGUCAUGUGUUCUUUUGAAUUCUGGCUCUUGUGCCAUUAAAAGCAGAAUGUUACUGUGAA